AUGUCCACCACUGCAACCCCCACCACCGCAUGCUCCUGUCCAGAUUUUGGUCUCGACCGCUGCUUCUGCGACCCUAACCCUGCACCGGACAGCACUGAUCGGAGGCGGAAGUGGUUGAGAUACAUGAAGAAGAGUCUCUGGUCGAGGUGGAUAGAGUUUAAUACCUCGAAGAGGAUGGCGACUAUUCUCGAGAGAGUGGAGGAGGAGGAAGAAGAGGAGUAG